CCACUGCACCCGAACAGCAUGCUCAACAUCUGCCGCUCUGCAGCCCGCCUCUCCCGCACUGUGGAGUCCGUCCGUGGGAUGGCCUCCAUUACUGUCCGUGAGGCACUCAACACGGCCAUGGAUGAGGAGCUCGCUCGUGAUGAGAAGGUCAUUCUGAUGGGCGAGGAGGUUGGUGCGUACGAUGGUGCGUACAAGAUCUCCAAGGGACUCCAUGCAAAGUACGGCGAUGAGCGCGUGCAGGAUACCCCGAUCACAGAGUACGGCUUUGCGGGCAUUGCCGUCGGUGCGGCGUUUGCCGGCAUGCGGCCGAUUGUCGAGUUUAUGACGUGGAACUUUGCCAUGCAGGCCAUCGACCACAUCGUCAACUCUGCUGGCAAGACCGCGUACAUGGCGGGCGGCACCAUCGGCGUCCCCAUCGUCUUCCGUGGCGCCAAUGGGGCUGCCGCAGGCGUCGCCGCCCAGCACUCGCAGUGCUUUGCCGCCUGGUACUCGUCAGUCCCGGGCCUCAAGGUUGUCGCCCCGUGGGACGCUACCGACGCCCGCGGCCUGCUCAAGGCUGCCGUCCGUGACCCGAACCCGGUUGUCAUCCUGGAGAACGAGAUCCUGUAUGGCGAGUCGUUCGAGGUCGACGAUGCCGUCCUGGACAAGGACUUUACCCUGCCGAUCGGCAAGGCCGAUGUUGUUGUCGAGGGCUCCGACGUCACCCUUGUCUCGUUUGGCAAGUGUGUCGGCUACUGCGUCAAGGCUGCCGAGCAGCUCGCCGCCGACGGCAUCUCCGCCGAGGUCAUCAACCUCCGUACUAUCCGCCCGCUCGACCGCGACACCAUCCUCGAGUCGGUCUCCAAGACCCACCGCCUCGUCACCGUUGAGGAGGGCUGGCCGCAGUCCGGCGUCGGCUCCGAGAUUCUCGCUGCCGUCGUCGAGUCGGACGCCUUUGACCAGCUCGACGCCCCGCCCGAGCGCAUCACCGGUGUUGACAUCCCCAUGCCGUACGCCAAGUCGCUCGAGGAGAUGUCGCUGCCGCAGAUUGCCGACGUCGUCGAUGCCGUCCAUCGUGUCACCGCCCGCACCCUCUAG